UUUUUUACAGUACCGACGGGUCCUGAUACCUUGCACUGUGGAUGCUCCUGGAGCUUGGAAGAGAGAAAAAAACCCACCCACUUGCGCCCAAGGGUGCUCGUUCAGCCUGACUAUUUGGUGGAAGGAAUCCUGCCACAACACACCACUGAGGUCUCCACCUGUGUCUGGGUGUGAUGAAACCUUGAGAAACAAUUACCCUCUGUCCCUCCUUGGCCUGACGCCUCCACCUGGCAGCACUGACUUGGCUGGGAAGCUCAUGGUGGUCACUACAGCCACCACAGAGGUGCACUGACACCCUCGGCACUCACCUCUCCUCCCCCUGUCCUUUCCCCCUGUUCUGCCGUCCUCCUCGCUCAAGUCUGCCAGGCACCAACAACCAAUAACUAUGAGCUCUCACAGACGACAAGGUGGCUUGAACAGCAAGGAGCAGCCUCUGGAGCUUCUUAAACCAGCUACACUCAACCAUUUCGUUGACGUGAGCACGGCAACGCUGCCCACACAGGUGCCCCCUACCACCACAGCCAUCCUCCCCAUGGAUCUGCGUGUAGUCGACCACCCCCACCACCACCACCACCACCAGCAGCAGACCCCCUUCAGCCUGCUUCCCCAACCCCACCCUACACCGCCCGCAUCUACCGAGCCGGGCCAUGGGCCGGUCAUUAACCACCAGGAGCAGCAGCUGCAGCAGGAGCUGGUGUCACUCAAACACAAGCAGCAGCUCCAGAGACAGUUACUGAUCGCAGAGUUCCAGAGGCAGCAUGAACAGCUGUCGCGACAACAUGAAGCCCAGCUGCAUGAUCAUAUCAAGCAUCAGCAGGAUUUGCUGGCGUUGAAGCACCAACAAGAGCUGUUGGAUCAUCAGAGGAAGAUGGAGCAGCAGCGUCAUGAGCAGGAGCUGGAGAAGCAGCAGCGGGAACACAAACUGCAGCAGCUCAAAAACAAGGAGAGGGGGCAAGAGAGCGCAGUUGCCAGUACAGAGGUAAAGAUGCGACUUCAGGAGUUUGUCCUGAACAAGAAGAAAGCCCUGGCUCAGCGAAACCUAAACCACUGUCUGCCCAGCGACCCACGCUACUGGUAUGGAAAAACACAGCACAGCUCCUUGGACCAGAGUUCUCCUCCUCAAACAGCAAUGUCAGCGUACCACCACCCAAUGCUGGGCACAUACGACUCAAAAGACGACUUCCCUCUCCGCAAAACAGCCUCCGAGCCCAACCUGAAACUUCGUUCGAGGCUAAAGCAGAAGGUGACAGAGCGCCGCAGCAGCCCUCUCCUCCGCAGGAAAGACGGUGCGAUCACUAGUGCCAAGAAGCGUUCCCUUGAUGUCGCUGAGUCUGCAUGCAACAGUGCACCAGGCUCAGGUCCCAGCUCCCCGAACAACAGCUCCAGUAACAUCCCCAAUGAGAACGGGGUCACAAUCUCCAGCAGCCCAGGAGAGGCCUCCCUGCUUCAGCGGUUGGCUGGGAGGGAAGGUUCACUUAGCCAGCUCUCUCUCUACACCUCCCCCUCUCUGCCUAAUAUCACCCUGGGACUGCCAGCCACAGGCCCUGGUAGCACUUUGGUUUCAGGACACCAAGAUAGUGAGAGUCGUCUGGCAUUAUCUGCGUUACAGCAGGGCAUUCCUCUGACCCCUCCUUUCCUGCCCACUGCCCACCUGCCCUCCUACUUGGCAUCUUCGGCUCUGGACAGGGAGGCUGCUGGAGGGGGCACGGCUGGUCACAGCCCCCUACUCCAACACAUGGUACUGCUGGAGCAGAGCCACAGUCCAAUAGUUGGUCUGGCUGGCCUACCACUACAAUCACCUUCUGUCUCCAAGCUUGCACGGGGCCACCGUCCCCUGGGGAGAACCCAGUCGGCCCCACUUCCCCAGCAGCAGUGCGGGCAGGCACAAGCCCUGCAGCAGCUGGUGGUCCAGCAGCAGCACCAGCAGUUCCUGGAGAAACACAAACAACAGUUCCAACAGCAGCAGCAGCACAUCAUCAACAAGAUCAUGUCUAAGCCCAGUGAUCAGGUCUCAACUGCAAGCUCCAGCGCUUCAGGGCCAGGCAGACAGCAUCAGAGUCACCCAGAGGAGACGGAGGAGGAACUCAGGGAGCACCAGGGCCUCUCCUCCUCCUCCUCGUCCUCUACCUCUGUGCCGGAGGCAGGGCCUGUACGGGGGCUGGUCAUCAAGCAGGAGCCCCCAGACCCACAGGAGCAAGAAGAGAGAGAGCAGAGGGAAAGACAGACUGAGCAGGAGUUGAUGUUUCGACAGCAGGCUCUGCUGUUAGAGCAGCAGCGGAUCCACCAGCUGAGGAACUAUAGAGCCUCAAUGGAAGCAGCCGGGUUGUCAGUCAGCUUUGCCGGACAUCGCCCCCUCUCCAGGGCUCAGUCAUCUCCGGCUUCAGCUUCCUUCCCAAUGGUGGUGCAGGAGCCGCCCACCAAGCCUCGUUUUACUACAGGUCUGGUUUAUGACUCUUUGAUGCAGAAGCAUCAAUGUAUGUGUGGUAACACAACCAGCCAUCCAGAACAUGCUGGUCGCAUCCAGAGUAUCUGGUCCCGACUACAGGAAACAGGCCUGAGAGCACACUGCGAGUGUAUCCGCGGUAGGAAAGCCUCGUUGGAAGAGUUACAAACAGUCCACUCUGAAGCCCACGUUAUGCUGUAUGGAACCAACCCACUGCGGCAGAAGCUUGACUGUUCUGUGAGCCCAAUGUUUGUCAGGUUACCAUGUGGAGGCGUAGGGGUGGACAGCGACACCAUUUGGAAUGAGGUCCAUUCAUCCAGUGCAGCUCGUCUGGCCGUCGGCUCGGUGGUGGAGCUGGUAUUCAAAGUAGCGUCGGGAGAACUGAAGAAUGGUUUUGCUGUAGUGCGACCACCUGGACACCACGCCGAAGAGAGCACACCUAUGGGAUUCUGUUAUUUCAACUCGGUCGCCAUAGCAGCCAAACUCCUGCAGCAGAGGCUCAAUGUCAGCAAGAUCCUCAUCGUAGACUGGGAUGUUCACCAUGGUAACGGCACCCAGCAGGCCUUCUACGGUGACCCCAGCAUUCUCUAUCUGUCACUGCAUCGCUAUGAUGAUGGAAACUUCUUCCCUGGCAGUGGAGCACCUGACGAGGUUGGCACCGGAGCAGGUGUAGGCUUCAAUGUGAACAUGGCGUUUACUGGCGGACUGGAACCUCCAAUAGGUGAUGCAGAGUACCUAGCUGCAUUCAGGACGGUGGUAAUGCCUAUCGCCAAUGAGUUUGCCCCAGAUGUGGUUCUGGUAUCUUCAGGCUUUGAUGCAGUGGACGGACAUGCUCCACCCCUAGGAGGAUACAAACUGACUGCCAAAUGCUUUGGCUACCUGACCAGGCAGCUGAUGGGUCUGGCAGGCGGUCGGUUGGUGCUUGCCCUGGAGGGGGGUCAUGACCUCACCGCCAUAUGCGAUGCCUCCGAAGCCUGCGUCUCUGCUCUGCUUGGCAACGAGUUGGAUCCCAUCCCUGAUGAGGUGCUGCAGCAGAGACCAAAUGCCAAUGCAGUCCACUCAAUGGAGAACGUUCUUGAAAUUCAGAGUAAAUAUUGGCACUCACUGCAGCGCUCUGCCUCUACACUUGGUUGCUCUCUGAGUGAAGUCCUAAGACGUGACGCAGAGGAAGCUGAGACGGUCUCUGCUAUGGCCUCGUUGUCUGUGGCCAACAAGCACAUUGGAAAAAGGGCUGAAGAGGAACCAAUGGAAGAGGAAGCUCCUAUGUAAAGAAACAUCCAUAGCCUUUGACCACUCAGACCAGUCUUCAUCUUUGACAGUCUCCUCAUCCAGCCAAAUCUCUGUUUCUGUGUCAAUGCCGCUCCCAUGUCUCCCCUCAUAUCAUGUCAAGAUGCCGUCUUAUCAUGGGGGGAGGGGAAAAGUUUAUCUGACAAACGCGGCGCAGAGAGGAAACACUGAAGAUGACCGAUGCAUUCACUGAUCAGCGGUGCACAGACUGAUCAGCAUAAAUGUGUUGCAUUAUCUCUUCAAAACCUUGGAUAUGAGAGUAUCGACUCAACCAUCCCACAGUUAGAACCUCGAGUGCCAGUGCUUUUAAAACACUAGAGAGAGAUGUACUUUUUGAAUGCCAGUUGGAACCAUACACAGACAAUCUGCAAGUGUCUACUUUUCUUAAUAUUAUGUUGUUUUUUUCUGUACUUUAUCGUCGUCUUUUCAUCGAAAGCCACCAGAGCUAAUGUGACUAUGACUCUGCACUAAGGAUGGAUCAUUCCUGCUCUUUCAAGAUAUCUGGAUGGAUGGAAGAAAAAGUGGUCAAAUUUGUUGCCAUUUUCCGAGGUGGUUUGAGAUUUUUUUUUUUUUUUUAAUUCUGCUGGUGUUUUGGUUUUGAAAUAAUUGACAGUAAAAGACUGUGCGUUUGUGCCUUUUUUUUUUUCAAACCUGGUGGAUUUCCUGUUGAACUCUACUGAAAGAGCUUUGCCUUAAAAAAAAAACAGGCUUGAGAACAAAGCCUCUUCUCCCCAACCCCUCAACAUUUCUAUCCUGGCAAAACAUCCAAUGCCUGCAUGUUGUUGGCACAUUGACUGGAGGACCUUGGCAUGUUUACCUGUAAUUCCCUGUAACCAGCCUACUACUGUCCCUCCCUAUUCCUCCAUUUUUCCUUUCCCCCCCUCAUUUUAAUCUCAGUUUAGAAGGUAGUUUCCAGCCACAAGUUGGAGUUGGUUCAGUUAAAAAGGAAGUUUAAGGGGGGAUUAGUAUUACUAAAUGCAUCCAUGUAUCAGAUACUGUAUCAGUUCUCUUUAAGGGAAGAGUUAAGUAGCAUGCACUGUACUACAGCAACAGGACCUCUGAAAACUAGAAUGCUGUUUAUACUUUGUGUGGUAUUUAGACAAUAAUCAAGCUGAAGCAUGAUGGACUAUCAUCUCUGUAAAGUCGAAUAAUCACAAACAUAUAAGAAAGGAUCGUUUUUAACAUUUGAAGAUUAAUGUAGGAUAGAGAGGAGCCAAUUUCAUAUGUAGUAUGAAGAAGCCCACUGUUGAAGGUAACUCCAUAAUAACAAGGACCGUACCACCUGGGAUUUUCCACGGGGGUGUUGCAGGGCCGCACAGGCUCUCACAGCUGGUUUAACAUCUGCUCCCCAAAUGUCAGGUGCUAAAGCAUGAGGCAGGUGUGCACACAUCUCUGUUUAUAUACAGUUGUGUGAAGUGCAUCCUCACAUUUUUCUGUUUAAAUCUUCCUUUUUUUCUUGACCAGUAAUAGAUCCAGUGGUACCUAUGAAUUUCCUUGCAACUCCGAAGAGCACAUGUAGCUCAGAUUCUGCUCUGAUUCAAAAGCAUGUUAUUGCAUUUGAGAAGUGUAUCAAGUUUGCAACGAGCCAGACUGUGCAACACAAAAGCCACCAGCCUAGUUGUAGAAAUAAUUGGUUGUCAAUUUUGGCAGGUGUAACAUCAUAAUUGCUAGGUCUUUUUCCGUUUUAAAGUCUAUUUGUGAUAAAAACGGUCAUAGUGGCGGGUGAGUUCUGCAUCAGUCAUUGUAGCCAGUGUGCUAAGGUUUUCUUCCCAUCUGUAACCAUUCCUCCAACUUGUGUUUGGCCUUUGGGCACCUACCUUCUUUCCUGUUUGUGUCAUCUACAAACUAAUCACACGUUAAAUGUAUAUUUUUCAGUAAACAGGAAACAGAGAGCCGUGGUGUUUACUGUACAUAAGACAUUGAUCUCCUCAGUAUUCCUGCCACACACAUUUGUCGAUGACUACUCUACUUCUGUUGAUUCUUUUUCUUGUUUUUCCUGCUUUCCGUUGCCCUGUAAGUGGACUGUCUCUUUGAGCUCUUUGUACUUUUUUAAUGUUUUGUCCCGUUGUUUUGUACACUUUGUUCACUUUCCCCUCUCUGUUACAUUGUAAAGCUGACAUACUUCACUACAGGUGAGGGUUCAGACUAACAGUUUUUAGCAGAUGUUACAUGACUGUGUUUAUCUGGGUUCAGGGUUUUUGUGGGAGGGUCGGGAUGCAAAAUAUUUCUACUUUGUAUAAAUAUGGACAAUUGUGUAUUUACUGUCUGUUCAUAAUAGAUUUAUAUAUGAAAAGAAAUGAGUAUAUUAUAUAUAUAUAUAUAUACACAGUAUCUAUACAUAAUGAAAUACUAUGAUCUUGUUUUUGAAGUUGGUAUUGAAAAAUGAUACUUUACAUUGGUCUUACAUACAGUAGGUCCUUUUAGAGUGUUACUAAAGGCACAAUUUACUGUCCUCGGUGACAGUUGGUUGUGUGCUUAGUAGCAUUUUAUUGGUUGUCUUAUUGUCUUUCAACACUGAUGACUAGUUUUUUGGCUUUAUUCAUUCCAUUGGUACCAAGUCACCAUUGCCCUCUGCUCAGCUUCACACAUUCAUGCACAUAUUUUGUACUGUUGUUGUUUUUUAUGCCAUUAGAUUUUAUUGUAGAAAAACACCCAUUUUUGCUGGCACCUAUAAAGUUUUGGUAUAAUGUGAGACAAUAUAUUGAAAAUAACCCGAGUGGUGAUCCAUUUCUUCCAUUUUCUAAAAGUUUUACAAGUCCAUCUUCUAACAUUUAAAAAAAUAAUUAUUAUUUGGAUUUUAAUUAGGAUAUGGCUAUUCUAUUCCCACCACAUUAAAUCACUCUGAUGGGCCUUAUUAUUACACCUGAUCAUCACUCAUUUUGUUAUAUGGCCAAAAUGUCCUUAGUUUUAAUUUAAAUUGACAUUCUGUUAAAGUCAAGCUAAGGUGUAAUCGCUUUCUUUAGCAAACUCUAGGUGUCAAGGUGGCCUGGUGUUCAGCAAGACUUUCCUGUAUCCAAAGAUCACAGGUGUUUGAUCCCUGCAGCAGCCCACAUGCAUUUCCUUCUUCACAGGACACUUAAACUCCAUCCUAUGUAAAAGGUCCGUUCCUGGCUUCUCCUGUACUAAGAUCAAUCAUCAAAUGUAAAAGAUGCUAAAUACAUCCUUAUACACAUGCAAGGAGGAGCUAUUCUCAUUUGACCUCUUAACGGCAGAGCGAUGCUAGCUUUUCCUGCAGCUGCAUCGUUGUCACUAAAUGAUGUCACACGUCACCUGGAACCAGAAAUCUUUCCUUUGGCUCCUGCAAAUGCUCUUUCUGUCAUCUCCCAUUUUGUAAAUGUCUAAGAACAAAGGAUUGUGAUCUUUGAAAAAGAGUGAAUCCAAGUUUGGGGUAAAUCGUACACCACAAAUUACUUUUGCUUUUACACAGAAAACUUAAAACUAAGGUCUAAGCAUUUGUAGAAGGGUGUUAUAGGGCAUCAUUUUAGUAUUAUUUUGUAAGGUUUAGACUUACAGCCACGUGUAAGAUAUGUGUUUUUCCCCCUGUACAUUCCCUUCUUAUCAGAAACAUGUUGACGUUAUACUUCAUGCAUACAAGAGUAUUUUUGGUUGGGAUGUGAAAAUCAAUAAUCAGUCUGUCCUGAUUAUCACCUUAACGUUGACAUCUCUCUGCAUGUGAACACACAUUUGAUGAGAUGCUUUUCGGUAACCCAGCCCAGAACAUUCCCAGAACCUUUGCACAGCGGUGCCAGUCUGGAUAACAACAGCAGGCGUGAGGUUUUUACUGUUGAAUGCUUUGGUUUCUCAAAAGGAGCCAAAACUAGCACUGUCUGUCUUCACUGUUAGUCUUAACACAAUGUCCAGUAACAGAAAGAAAAACCCUGCAACAUUCCAUUUUCUUAUAAUUUCCAUUUAUUAGGAGGAGGCAUAUCUUUGUAUGUAAACCCUUGUAGUUCAGUCCAGCCAGGUCCAAGAACUGUCUGUUUAUUUAGGCGGACUGGUCCACUCCAUUCCUCAAGUGUGUCUCCUCUGUUUCUCUGCAUGAUCCGUAUGUCUGCAUGCACUGCCUGUCUGUCUGUCUGUCUGUCUGUCUCUCUUUCUCCCUCCUGCCACAUAUCAGCACAAAGGAUCAAGCACUGAAGGAUGUUAGUACUUUCACUGUAUCCAAACUGUCUUAUCUCUCUUACUGCUUUUUUUGUUUGUUUUUGCUGAGGAGGUGUUUAAGUGCUUUCCAUGUUGUGCUUUUACCUGUAGGAUGUGGAAUCAUUGAAUCUGGAAGACAUAAAUUGAAUAUUUUACACAAAAAAAGGAGGAAAAAAAGGAUCUAGCACUUGUAACAAACAAUAGGUUUAAUUGUAUUUAUGUAGAGAACAAAUUGUUUUGGGGAAGCUUUGUGAACUGCAACAACAGAAUGGACAACUUUUUCUUCUUUUUUUUUACAUUCCAGGCAAGAUGUGACUUUGAUGGACUUUUGGGAAGACAUUCAUGUUCUUUGUCAUAUCUGGACUUAUCAAGGGCUCCAUGCAGAUGCCUGGUCAUUGUUACGGUCGUCUAUUCCACUAAAUAAGCCAGUUAACACUAUGACCACUGUGGUUGAAAAACAAACAGUUCUAGGUUUACAUAUGUAUAAAAUGCAUCUUUCUUUUUUUUUUAUCAGUUUAUGUUUUUGACUUGUUCCACCAUUGUUACAGAAAUAGUACAUUUUUCUCGGGAAACCUUUGCUCUAACAUGUUGUCUUUGACAUCUAUGAUAUAAAGUAUUGUUUUG